ACAUUUUCUCGUGGAUACAUCAUAAAGUGGACUUCGCGUGACGCGUGCUCUCUACAUAGAGGCUCUCCCGCUCCCGUUUCGUUUGCGAAGUGUUUUAACUACAUGUUUUCCCCCGCCUCGAGAGAGAGCUUCCGAGGUUAACUGGGUUAACGGGGAAGUGUGUGGACGGUAUAAGUAGACACCGUAGAGUCGUGCACCGUGGAAAUUAGAUGCCCAUGCUAUGCCAUGCCAUGCGGACGGACCGACCGUCCACCGUCCAGCGACCGCAGCAGAGCCGGCUGGUAUGGUGGGGUUAUGGGGGUAGAUAUGGGGUUAUGGAGUUAACUAUGGGGUUGGGGUUAGUUAUCGAGAAUGCGGUGAUGGUGGUGUGGUGCUUGUGUGUGUGUGUUUAUGUGUGUGUGUGUGUGUGGCAGAGAAAGGUGUGAGGGUGAAUGUGUGUGUGAGUGUCGGUAGAUUUUCAUGUGUCGGUCUGUCGGUCGGUCUGUCGGUCGUACUCCCCCUCCACCUCGCACCCCAUCCCCUUGCCCCUCCACAUCCACCUUGUUCUCCACCCCUCCACCCCUCCACCCUCCACCCCUCCACCUCUCCACCUCUCCCCUCCCAAGCUCAAUAAAAUCCCC